AUGCCAGCCAUCUCAACCGGCAAUGUGCUCAUAACCGGAACGAACGGCUUCGUCGGUUCGUGGGCGCUGAAGGUUUUCCUCCAGUCAGGCUUCACUGUCAGAGCUCCCGUCCGUAGCGAAAGCAAAGCAUCCUACCUCAAGAAGGUGUUUGGCGCAUAUGGCGACAGGCUCGAGUUCGUAAUCAUCCCAGAUAUCACCAAGGAAGGAGCUUUUGACACGGCCACUGUAGGCGUGGACGCGGUCGUUCACAUCGCUUCCCCCGUAGGCCUCGACGUAGACCACCCGGACGAACUGAUUAUCCCUGCCGUCAACGGUACCCUCGGUGUCCUCCGCUCCGCUGCCAAAGUGCACUCGGUCCAGCGGGUCGUCUAUAUAUCCUCCUGCGCCGCCGUUGUGAACCGGACAGCGACCGAGCCGAGAGUAUAUGACGAGAACGACUGGAACCAGCACGAUGUGGACGUCUGUCAGAGGGAAGGUCGCGCGGCUGCGCAGGUCUCUAUGUACUGCGCAAGCAAGACACUCGCGGAGCGCAGCGCAUGGGAGUUUUGGAAAGAGAAUAAGGAUAAGGGGGUGAUCGGAUGGGACCUGGUCUCGCUCUGUCCGCCUUGGGUCUUCGGGCCGGUUGUCCACAAGGACGAGGGGGGACCGGACGACUUAAAUGAUUCGAAUAAGUUCGUUUAUGACGCAGUCGUGAAGGGCCAGUACUUUCCUGUUGACCUUGCAUUUAUCGACGUACGCGACCUCGCGCAGGCGAUCCUGCUCGCAGUCACUAAGCCGCCUGCGGGCGGUGAGAGGAUAAUCGUCGCUGCUGGCCCAUUCAGGUGGGAAGAUCUCAUUAUCACAGCGCACGAAGUUUCGGGGGGCAAGACGUAUCCUCCUAUCGAGUCAUACAAUCCCGAUGCUCCCUAUAUGGCAAGGACCAAUGUGGCGAAGGCGAAGGAGCUCCUCGGACUGGGGUAUCGCACCCAGGAGGAGAUGAUUAAGGAUCUGCUCAAAGAAUAUGAGGAGCGAGGGUGGCUCUAG